AUGACUGUCAACAUUGACAGCCCUUCACGGGAGCUGAGAAAGGAUGCAGAUGGGUCUCCGCGCAAGCGAAGAAAACUUGGCGGAUUUGAGACCUCAGAUACAACCGUCGCAGCAACUUCUCUUCCGCAUGCCUCGCGAUCGCAGGAUUCCGAAGAUCCUGUCCAGUCUCUUGGAGACCGUAGCUCACCUAUGGCCGCAUCUUCAGCUCAAGCGGAUGAGAAUGCUGCCUCAUUUCUUACCAGGAAUAUCCGUGACCACUACACAUCAAUGAAUCGAUUCGAGCCCCGAAGGAUUGACUUGAAUCCGAACUCCAAGUACUGCUACCGUCACAGGCCUGACCUGAAAUGUCGACGUCAAGCGGAUGAGUUGACAAUGGACAAGAUGCAGCAGGAACUUCACACUCUCUCACAAGUUGACCAACAAAGCAUCGCCCACUUUUGGUCUCUAUUUUCGACUGCUCCGUCCAAACACCGAAACCUAAUGCUACAAGGACUCCUUGCCCAAUGUUGUUUCCCUCAGCUCUCCUUUUUGGCUGCUAGCGUCCGCGACUUAAUCAGAAUUGACUUUCUUUCGGCCCUCCCAACGGAAAUAUCUUUCAAGAUCCUUUCCUACUUAGACACAGCAUCAUUGUGCAAAGCGGCGCAGGUCUCCCGCCGUUGGAAAUACCUUGCUGACGAUGAUGUCGUUUGGCAUAGAAUGUGCGAGCAACAUAUUGAUCGCAAAUGUCAAAAGUGUGGAUGGGGCUUGCCACUUUUGGAUCGCAAGAGGCUCCGAGAUUCAAAACUCCAGAUGCAAAUGCGAGUCGCUUGUCGCGGUGUGGAAAAGGAAUUGUCAAGUGACAUCACGGAAAAGCCUGAUGACGUAAAAACUCAACAGAAGCAACUCUCGGUCCCGUCGGACUCGCCGAAAAGAUCGCAAUCUCCGAGCCAUUGGCAUUCAAGAGAUGAAGACUACUUCAAAACUAGAUUCCGGCCGUGGAAAGAUGUGUAUAAAGAUCGGUUUAUGGUUGGCAUCAACUGGAAGCAUGGUCGUGCCACAACGAAAAUAUUCAGAGGCCACACGAAUGGUGUUAUGUGUUUACAGUUUGAAGAUAAUAUUCUGGCUACAGGAUCAUACGAUACCACCAUCAAAAUCUGGGAUACAGAAACAGGCCAGGAGUUGCGCACUCUUCGUGGUCAUCAAUCUGGAAUUAGAUGUCUUCAAUUUGAUGACACCAAGUUGAUCAGUGGUAGCCUUGACAAAACCAUUAAAGUUUGGAAUUGGCGCACCGGGGAAUGCAUAUCGACCUAUACAGGUCACCAAGGUGGGGUGAUUUGUCUCCACUUCGAUUCGACCAUCCUGGUCUCGGGCUCAAUGGACCACACUGUAAAGAUAUGGAACUUUGAAGAUAAAUCAACCCGUGUCCUCCGUGGCCACAGUGACUGGGUCAAUUCAGUUAAAGUAGACACAGCGUCUCGUACUGUAUUUACCGCCUCGGACGAUCUAACCGCUCGUCUCUGGGAUCUCGAUACAGGCAAUAUCAUCCACACUUACCAAGGUCACGUAGGACAAGUUCAACAGGUCCUCCCACUACCGCGUGAAUUCGAAUUUGAAGAACACGAUGCCGAAUGUGCAGACGACGGUCAAAGCACAACUUCGGGUGGUGUUAGUUCAGAAAAUGAAUCCGAUCAUCAUCGUCAUCAUCAUCAUCGUCGACGCAGUCUUUCUUCAGAGUCACAGCACGAACCACAGCCCACGGGCAACCCACAACUCUCGCAUGCAUUGUCACCACCGUUCACUGAUAUAUUCAAAAAUGGCCGCCCGUUACCACCACGAUACAUGCUCACUGCCUCUCUCGACUGGACCCUUCGUCUUUGGGAGGUCACAACCGGCCGAUGUCUGCGGACUUUCUUCGGGCAUGUAGAAGGAGUAUGGGCGCUGGGGGCAGACACUUUGCGCCUUGUGUCUGGCGCUCAGGACCAAACGGCCAAGGUCUGGGAUCCUCGCACUGGGCGGUGCGAGCGGACCUUUACGGGUCAUUCAGGCCCGAUUACUUGUAUUGGCCCUAAGCGAUAG